UGGGCAGGUUCAGGCGAAACGUCUCAGUGAUCCCAAGUUGAAAUUCAGAUUCUCCAUAGCACUAAAUAGAUCGAGGAAGAAGAUGUAACAGGUUCUUCUGUGACCCAGUUGCUGGCCCGAGACAUGGACAAUGACCCUCUGGUGUUCGGCGUGUCUGGGGAAGAGGCCUCUCGAUUCUUUGCCGUAGAGCCUGACACAGGUGUGGUGUGGCUACGGCAGCCACUGGACAGAGAGACCAAGUCUGAGUUCACAGUGGAGUUCUCCGUCAGCGACCACCAGGGGGUGAUCACACGGAAGGUGAACAUACAGGUUGGGGACGUGAACGACAACGCACCCACAUUUCACAACCAGCCCUACAGCGUCCGCAUCCCUGAGAACACGCCGGUGGGGACGCCCAUCUUCAUUGUGAACGCCACGGACCCCGACCUGGGUGCGGGGGGCAGCGUCCUCUACUCCUUCCAGCCUUCCUCCCCAUUCUUUGCCAUCGACAGCGCCCGUGGCAUUGUCACAGUGGUCCGGGAGCUGGACUACGAGACCACGCAGGCCUACCAGCUCACCGUCAAUGCCACGGAUCAAGACAAGACCCGGCCUCUGUCCACCCUGGCCAACUUAGCCAUCAUCAUCACAGAUGUCCAGGACAUGGACCCCAUCUUCAUCAACCUGCCUUACAGCACUAACAUCUAUGAGCAUUCUCCUCCGGGCACAACGGUGCGCGUUAUCACCGCUGUCGACCAGGAUAAAGGACGUCCCCGGGGGAUCGGCUACACCAUCGUCUCAGGGAACACCAACAGUAUCUUUGCCCUGGACUAUAUCAGCGGAGCGCUGACCUUGAACGGCCUACUGGAUCGGGAGAACCCCCUGUACAGCCACGGCUUCAUCCUGACCGUGAAGGGCACAGAGCUGAACGAUGACCGCACCCCAUCCGAGGCCACAGUCACCACAACCUUCAACAUCCUCGUUAUUGACAUCAAUGACAAUGCCCCGGAGUUCAACAGCUCUGAAUACAGCGUGGCCAUCACCGAGCUCGCACAGGUGGGCUUCGCCCUACCCCUCUUCAUCCAGGUGGUGGACAAAGACGAGAACUUGGGCCUAAACAGCAUGUUCGAGGUGUACCUGGUGGGGAACAAUUCCCAGCACUUCAUCAUCUCCCCCACCUCUGUCCAAGGGAAGGCAGACAUUCGCAUCCGGGUGGCCGUCCCCCUGGACUAUGAGACUGUGGACCGCUACGACUUUGACCUCUUUGCCAACGAGAGUGUGCCCGACCACGUGGGCUAUGCCAAGGUGAAGAUCACCCUCAUCAACGAGAAUGACAACCGGCCCAUCUUCAGCCAGCCACUGUACAACGUCAGCUUGUACGAGAACGUCACCGUGGGGACGUCUGUGCUGACAGUCCUGGCAACAGACAAUGACGUGGGCACCUUCGGGGAAGUCAACUACUUCUUCAGCGAUGACCCUGACCGGUUCUCUCUGGACAAGGACACAGGACUCAUCAUGCUCAUUGCCAAACUGGACUAUGAGCUCAUCCAGCGCUUCACCUUGACCGUCAUUGCCCGGGAUGGGGGUGGUGAGGAGACCACAGGCCGGGUCAGGAUCAACGUGUUGGAUGUCAAUGACAACGUGCCCACCUUCCAGAAGGAUGCCUAUGUGGGGGCCCUGAGGGAGAAUGAGCCUUCUGUCACCCAGCUGGUGCGGCUCCGGGCAACGGAUGAAGACUCCCCUCCCAACAACCAGAUCACCUACAGCAUCGUCAACGCUUCCGCCUUUGGCAGCUACUUCGACAUCAGCGUGUAUGAGGGCUACGGAGUGAUCAGCGUGAGCCGUCCCCUGGAUUAUGAGCAGAUACCCAACGGGCUGAUUUACCUGACGGUCAUGGCCAAGGACGCUGGCAACCCCCCUCUGAACAGCACUGUUCCCGUCACCAUCGAGGUGUUUGAUGAGAACGACAACCCGCCCACCUUCAGCAAGCCUGCCUACUUCGUCUCCGUGGUGGAGAACAUCAUGGCAGGAGCCACAGUGCUGUUCCUGAAUGCCACAGACCUGGACCGCUCCCGGGAGUAUGGUCAGGAGUCCAUCAUCUACUCCUUGGAGGGCUCCUCCCAGUUUCGGAUCAACGCCCGCUCAGGCGAAAUCACCACCACCUCCCUGCUUGACCGUGAGACCAAGUCUGAAUACAUCCUCAUCGUGAGAGCCGUGGACGGGGGUGUGGGCCACAACCAGAAAACCGGCAUUGCCACUGUGAACAUCACCCUCCUGGACAUCAACGACAACCACCCCACCUGGAAGGAUGCCCCCUACUACAUCAACCUAGUGGAGAUGACCCCUCCAGACUCCGACGUGACCACAGUGGUGGCCGUGGACCCGGACCUGGGGGAGAACGGCACCCUGGUGUACAGUAUCCAGCCACCCAACAAGUUCUACAGCCUCAACAGCCGCACAGGCAAGAUCCGCACCACCCACGUCAUGCUGGAUCGGGAGAACCCCGACCCCCACGAGGCGGAGCUGAUGCGCAAGAUUAUCAUCUCCGUCACUGACUGUGGCAGCCCCCCUCUGAGAGCCACCAGCAGUGCCACGGUGUUUGUGAACCUCUUGGACCUCAAUGACAACGACCCCACUUUUCAGAACCUGCCUUUCGUGGCUGAGGUGCUGGAAGGCACUCCGGCCGGGGUCUCUGUCUACCAGGUGAUGGCCAUCGACCUGGACGAGGGCCUGAACGGGCUGGUGUCCUACCGCAUGCAGGUGGGCAUGCCCCGCAUGGACUUCCUCAUCAACAGCAGCAGGGGUGUGGUGGUCGCCAGCGCGGAGCUGGACCGCGAGCGCAUCGCCGAGUACCAGCUGCGCGUCGUGGCCAGCGACGCGGGCACGCCCCCCAAGAGCUCCACCGGCACGCUCACCAUCCGAGCAGGCAUGGGGACCCUCGGCUCACCACCGAGACGUGUCGGCUCCCACCACCUCUGGCGCUGGGCUCUCUGGAGCGGAAGCCAGGCCUAGCCCUGUGCACUGACUCUUCCCGCAGUGCUGGACGUGAACGACGAGACGCCCACCU